CUCUGGGUGGCCGUUUCUCGUGGUGUCGAAUGGAGACGGAUUGGAUAUCGCUUCGAUUCAAUUGCGUCGAUUCCAAAAAGAAAAUCCAGCCAAAAAUGAAGAUUUGUUUCAAUAUAAGAACCCUCUCGCUCCGAGCUGAGCUGGGGCCCCCCUAUUGGUCUAGGUGAAACUGCGCGUGUUAUUUCAGGGCCAGCCAACACAGAUGCAGCUAUAGACCAGCAGUGCCUGCUGCUCCUGCUGCUAGUUGUGACGUGUAAUGGAGGAAUGCGUAUUAGCGACCCGACACCUUCUACUACUCGACGACUCCCGAGACUUUGGAGGGGGGGUCCAAAACCAGCGCGUACGUCCAGCGUAGAGCUGGAUGGAGGGAAAAAAAACCCAGAUGGGACGAGUUGUGAACACGCACAGAGAGUUGCGUGUGCUGCUGAUGGCCGGGGCGCCCGAAAUCUGAGAUGACUUUUGUCUUAUUUUUAAAAAAUAUUCUGGAAAACAAAAGGGUCGAUAACUAUGAAUUCGAAACGUCGUUUUUAAACCUCUAAAAACGUCCCCAUUUCGAUUGCGGAUGGGUGAUGUUGGGACAAGAGGUGACCUUGGAAGAUGUCGGCCAAAUUAGAGCUAGUAUACACAGGGAAAAUGCCCGCCGGUCAUCCUAUAAUCGUCCGGUUGGGGCGGGAUAACCAAAGGAAAUGAGUCUAUAUCAAACGUAGAGUGGUAUCCAUGACAACGAUCGUUUGUUGUGAAUUGUGAUGGAAUGCAUGCUCGACAAUACCGUUUCCACUUCAGUCGGCGGUGUAGGCUCAAGAAAACCGGCAGGGUGGAAACCAAAUACCCGAUCACACCAGUAUAGACAGUGAACGGGCCUAUAUCGUUCAGUCCGAACGAUUAUUGGUUUUUUUAUAGGACCGGAAGGGGUUAUUGAGAUUGGACUUGGUGCUCCGGCCGUAUAAGUGAUGUUGUGUGAAAUCCCGGAAAGAUUUCAUCGGCCAUCUUUAUUAAUUGCAGGUAGAGUAUCCAGUGACACACGGUGAAAACUUAUACCUAAAUGGCUGCCGGAUCCGAGAGCGUGCGGGUCAUCGUUCGAUGCCGGCCGAUGAACGCGCGCGAAAACCAGCUCAGCAGCAAGAAUGUGGUGCAAAUCAACGCUUCGACGCUGCAGUGCUCUUUGCUGGCCAUACCAUCGAGUCACAAUGAAAUCAAUGAUACGACCAAAACGUUCACCUUCGAUGGCGUCUACGACCAGUCGUCGACCACCGAGCAAAUUUACACCGAUUUCGGCUACUCUCUCGUUGAAGGGGUGAUGGAAGGGUACAACGCUACGGUUUUCGCGUACGGUCAAACCGGAAGCGGCAAAAGCUUCACCAUGCAGGGCGUUACGUCUCCGCCGAAUCAGACGGGAAUAUUACCGCGGGCUUUCGAUCAUCUCUUCGAGAGUAUAGCCGCAGCAGAGGGAAUGAAAUACCUCGUAUUCGCGUCCUAUCUAGAGAUUUACAAUGAGGAGAUUCGCGAUUUACUGAGCCCCGAUUUUAAGAAAAAGUUGGAGUUGAAAGAGAAUUCCGAUAAAGGAGUUUUCGUGGGCAAUCUUAGCCAGCAUAGUGUUCAUAGCGUUGCCGACUGCCAAGGUCUGAUGGAAACUGGUUGGAAGGUAAAAUAUAAGAAUGAAAUUGGUUCGAUAAGAAUGGAAAUUACUGAACCUAUUUUUCAAAAAAUUCAGAAUCGAGCCGUAGGAGCUACUCUGAUGAACGCCGAUUCGUCCCGAUCUCAUUCCCUCUUUACCAUCUCCGUGGAGAUGAUGGAAACCGUUCAAGACUUAAAGGGCGAGAAACAAUCGAUUCGCAGAGGGAAGUUAAACCUGGUUGAUCUGGCCGGAAGUGAACGUCAGUCUAAAACAGGAGCCACCGGAGAUCGAUUAAAGGAAGCUACCAAAAUUAAUUUAUCACUUUCAGCUCUGGGAAAUGUCAUAUCUGCCUUGGUCGAUGGUAAAUCGAAACACAUUCCUUACAGAGACUCCAAACUGACUCGCCUCCUGCAGGAUUCAUUGGGAGGAAAUACUAAAACCCUGAUGAUCGCCUGCGUCUCUCCGGCGGAUGACAAUUACGACGAAACGCUCAGUACAUUGCGAUACGCCAAUCGUGCCAAGAAUAUUCAAAACCGACCAAGAAUCAAUCAGGACCCUAAAGAUGCCAUGUUGAGGGAAUACCAGAAAGAAAUCGAACGACUCAGUCAGAUGAUUGAUCAGCAAAAACCGACUCAGAUUGUUCGCGUCAAAUCGGAAUCAGAAAUUGAGCAAGAGAAAAUGCAGCUACAGAAAGAAUACGAAGAGAAAAUCCGCCAACUUCAACGGGAGGUGGAAAAAGAGCAAGAAACAAAUGCCAAAGCGACAGUCGAGAUGGAAAAUUUGCGUCGAGCCUACGAAGUCGACUUGCAAAAGAUUAACAAUUCAAAGAAGAAGGUUGAACUGGAUGAAGAAGCACAAGAAACUCUCAAGAGGUUGAAACAAAUCGAGGGCGACUUGGUUGGUGGUGAGAAGGCCAACGAUCUUGAAUUCCAAGAACGACACUGGAAGCGGAAAAACAUUUCUGAAAGGAGACGAGCUUUGCUUGCGCAACUGUUGGCCCGAACGGAAGACGAAGAUGGGGCGCUGUUACGAGUCUAUGACGACAUCCAACAAGAAGUCCGGAUCAAAACGGAAGCCAUAAAGAAAUACAAGCAGAAACUCCGUUCCUUGGACCGUGACAUUCAAGAUUUGCAAACUGAAUUCGAAACAGAAAGAAGCGAUUAUCUUGAAACGAUUCGCAGACAGGAGCAGCAAUUAAUAUUGCUACAUCAAAUUAUUGUUAAAGUUCAGCCCCUCAUUCGAAAAGACUCAAAUUAUAGUGAUAUUGAAAAUAUAAAGCAACAGAGCGUAUGGAUUGACGAAUUUAAACGCUGGAAAAUACCAGAGGUCACCUUGAUGCGAAUGAAGCUGCCACCAGCAACCUUUUCAAAUAUUCCAUCCUACAGCCAGUAUGAAACUACCACUGAGGGGGAAGAAGAGGAAGUACCCAAUGAGGACCGACUACUACAGAAACUCAAAAAAGGAGAAGCUGAAAACUUGGCCGGUCGUUAUUUCGCUUCCAAUCGCGCUAAUGAGAUCGUCAUUCGUGUCAAUAAUGAUGUGCAUCGAGCUAAACAUCCUGGAAUGAAAGGAACUUCACUGAGUCACUCAUCGCUCAAUAGUUUCCCGUCUUCAACUACAUUGUCCCACAUAGAUUAUUUAAAUGACUCAGGAGGUUUAAACGUGAAUGGGCCGCUGACAUCUUCGUGGAGUGCACCCAACGCUCUAUCCGGCCAAAUCAAUGGUUGGACAUCAGACGCGGUUUUUAUGAACGGGAACAUCAGGAAGCCGAAACGCUUGGAAUCUUUGACAGUCGGGGCUUCUGGCGGAAGGCAAAUACCCUCCAUUGUCAAGGAUAAGACAAACUUGCCUGUCUACACACCAUCAGUAAUCAAAUUCACCUGACACUCGUGACUUAUUAAUUUUCUCUCUCUCUCGCUCUCGUUCUAUUAUCAAAAACAUUCAGUGAUCAAAAAUUAAUUUUGUUAAUCAUGUUACAAAAUAACAUAUUUACAAAGACCUUUAAUUAAAAUUGUCAAUAUUAUGAUUUAAACUUUUAUAGAAUAACCUUUUACACUUGUCUGUACAGUGUAACACAGGGAAAUAUGUUGAGAAUCAUGUUGUAUUUGUUGAAUUUAAACGGAAUAAAUGCGGUUGAUAGAAAAA